AUGGAAACUGGUGAACCUGACUAUUGUGGAAAGACCAAUGACAGCAGACGCUAUGGUCCUAUCCAGGGUCGGAACCCAAUCUUCCAAAGGCCAAUAAUUAAGUUUAAUAACACUGUCCUUACCUCAGUGGCUGUCACCACCAAAAACAACAAUGUUCUUCUCUUUCUUGGGACCAAAGAUGGUACACUCAAAAAGGUGAUCCAGUCUCCAGGAAAUAUUGUGUCAGUGGUCCAGGAUUUGGAAAUUGAGGUCGGUCAAGCAAUCAAAAAUGAGAUGCACUUCAACAAAGACUUCAGCAUGUUGUAUGUCAUCACAGACCACAAGCUCGUGCUGGUGGAUCUCCGACAUUGUGAAGAGAAAGCUACUUGUGAAGACUGUACUGGUCCACCCGACCCUGUGUGUGGCUGGUGUGUUAUGGAGAACAGGUGCCUGGAGCAGGGAAGUUGUCCCUCCUCAGCUGUGUACCCUCACUGGUUGCCUGCUAAGCAAGGAGCAUGUGCAAAGAUGGUAGAAGUCCAGCCCCACAUCCUGAGUUAUGAAAAACUGGACACGGAAAAGGAAAAACAGCAGAUAACAUUUAGACUGGAAGAGAUCAUGUUGAACCCAAGAGAUUCAGGGGAUGUUGAGCUCCUGUGUUACUUCUCUGGACAGGACACGACAUCCAAGACCGCAGCACAGAUCAAUGGUGAGACGGUAACUUGUCCAUUACCGUCACGUCCAAAGUUCCCAGCACUUCCCGAGGACUACACAGACGUCCAGGUAGAAUUUCAUGUAGAGGGAAGAGCGGUGGUGAAGCGAAGUGUUCCUGUGUUUGACUGUCGACCUCACAAAAACUGUACCACCUGUACCAGCAGUAACUUCUCCUGUGAAUGGCAUCAUGACACUAACAGCUGCAGCAGAGCUGGAAGUGUAACUUCAGGGUCUGCUCCAGUGACUGAUGUUAACGCUUGUCCCAUGAUUGACAGUCCAUCAUUGGAUACUGAUAUCGUGGUUCACUCCGGGGAGUCCAAACAGAUCGCUGUUGGAGUUGUCAAUUUACAGUCGGGCCAGACAGACAACAUCAAGUGUAACUUCCAGUAUCUGAAUCAGACUCAGGUUGUUGUAGGAACCUUUCGAUCAACUCUCCUCACCUGUGACCCAGUUCAGUUUUCAUUCCUUGCCGAUUUCGCAUAUGUAACGGCCAAGUUCCAGGUGACAUGGGGUCCACAAGACUUUCCGUUCGACAACCCACGUGGUAUCACAGUGCGGAUCUACAAGUGUAACCUGAUGGUGACCAACUGUGGUCAGUGUCUUAGUAUGGACCCUGAGUACGAGUGUGGAUGGUGUGGGGAUGAAUGCUCCUUACAGAAGAACUGUGCUGGUGUCUGGCUGGAUAGGUCAUCAACCUGCCCCAACCCAAAGAUACUCAGGUUUAAUCCAAACACUGGACCAAUCCAAGGCAAAACAAACAUCUCGGUGACUGGGAUCAAUCUGGGGAAAGCUUACACUGACCUGCAGGGUGGUGUAGAAGUAGCCGGUGUUAGAUGUACAGUCCAUCCAGAGCAUUUUGAGCCAUCAAUAGGAUUUCGCUGUGAAACAGAGCCUACACCUACAGCACAAGUGGGUAAAAUCCUGGUGAAUGUUGACAAUCAGUACACAACUGAGUCAGAAGGAACGUUUGAAUUUGUGGACCCCACAGUAGACAGGCUGAGACCAGAAAUGGGUCCCAAGUCAGGAGGGACCCGAAUCACCAUCACUGGAAUGAACCUGGAUACUGGGACCAAGACCACGGUGGACAUUGGGGGCAGUCCCUGUGAUGUCCGAAGGAGGAAUGCCACCAUCUUGGAGUGUAUCACUUCCCAACAUAUUGCUGCGAAGGACACAGUAGAGGUUGAAGUCAGCUUUGGAGGAUAUAAACGUCUACUCAGGCCAAAGUUUACCUAUGUGGAGGAUCCUACCAUCACUGCCAUAGAGCCCACCAAGAGUAUUCUCAGUGGAGGUAUUACACUGACUGUGAUAGGAGAGAGACUGGGGAUGAUACAACGUCCAGAGUUCUUUGUAGAGGUCAACGAUCAGAUGUACCCUCCUGCUGGACAUCCGUGCCAUCACAUUGAGAACUACAUGAACAAAUGGCUGCUUUGUCAUACCCCACGUCUGAACUUCCUCGGAGAGAAUGUGACAGAGACCAACCCAAGAGAGGUGCACUAUGGGUUUAACCUUGAUGGGGUCACCACCUGGCGUAACAUCUCCAAGCGAGAGAACAUGGGACCUCUCCUUUACUAUCCUGACCCGUUAGUGGAAAGGUUCUCUGGAAAAAACUCAGAAAAAAAGUAUAUUGGUGACAAGCCCCUGGUUAUUGAAGGUCGGUUUGCAGGGAUGAGUCAACUCAUUAAAGAUGUGAAGGUUGUGGUGGGUCAGAAUGAAUGUAUGAACCCUGUAACAUCGGACUCUACCAUCAGCUGUGAACCUCCUGAAAACCCUGACGGAAUUGACUCUAAAGGAAAUGCACUGGUCCUGAUAAAGAUUGGAUUUCUGAGGAAGGAUGUAGGCUACCUUAACUACUUUGACAAUGAGACAGAGGAGAAGCCGAUUGCCUUAGGUAUCAUUCUUGGUGUGGUCCUCCCAAUCAUCGCUAUCAUCACCCUUCUAGCUAUCUGUAUCAUCCGACGCCAGCGUAAGAAUGGACCCAGCAAAAGUGGUAUCCCAGAGAUGUUAAAGGACUACGACGGAAAGAACGAGGAGGCAGAUAUCGGACUUAACCAUGUGUCUGUUAAAGCAGACAUGAAUGGACAGAUCCCAGAUUCUGGACCCUAUAUCAGUGAGCUUCUAGCCAGGAUCGAGGAUGAAGCUGCCCGUCAGAGUAUCAGUGACUUUCUCAUACCACGGUCAAAACUGGACAUUGGGGAACUUGUGGGUAAAGGAGUCUUUGGUAACACUUACCAAGCCACAUACACAACGUGUGUAGGGGCUGAUAGCGAGGAGAAGAAAACUGAUGUAGCUGUCAAGUCACUUUUGGGAUGUAAUACAGACAACACAACAGUUGAUGCAUUCCUGUCCAAGUGUUUGGUCCUAAAGGAUCUACAACAUCCAAAUGUCCUCCCUCUCAUGGGGAUGUGUCUGUCGGCUGCUGAGGAACCUCACAUGGUGAUCCCAUACCUCGAGAGGGGUGAUCUCAAAACCUAUGUCAGGGAUCCUGCAAAGAACAUUACAGUGAUACAGCUACUGGAGAUGGCUCAGCAGAUCUCCGAGGCGAUGGUUUACCUUGAGAGUCUACAUAUCGUCCAUGGUGACCUGGCUGCCCGUAACUGUCUGUUGACGGAUGACAAGGUGGUACGUGUGGCAGGUUUUGGUGUUACCGAUCUUUACACGAUAGACUACUGCAAGGCUGACGAGGACAGAAAUAAAAUUGUGACCAAGUGGAUGGCACCGGAGGCCAUCGAUACCUUUGUCUUCUCUCAUAAAACAGAUGUGUGGUCAUAUGGUGUGUUACUAUGGGAACUGUUGACAAGGGGAGUAACUCCCUAUCCAGAUGUGGAAUCAAAAGACUUGAAGAAUUACCUAGAAGGAGGUCAUCAUCUUAAGAAACCACGACAAUGUCCAGAAUCAUUGUACGUGAUGAUGGUACAAUGCUGGACAGACAGACCCAACGACAGGCCAACAUUCCAGGAAGUCAAUGAUGAUAUGAAGACCUUCCUGUCAGCUGACACCGGUGAACAAAAUGACGACACAUCCGAUACUCAGCCACUUAAGUCCAACAUUGAACCUGGUGGCUCUUCAGAGUACCUAGAGGUCAUGGGUUAAUAAUGUGCAAAUUUUGACCUAGAUUAUUUUUAUUUAUAAAAUUAUCUAUAGGUCACAGGAUAAAGAUUAUACAAAUCUAUGU